AUACAUUUGCAGAGAGAGGGAGAGGGUUCCAAAGCGGCAAUCUGAAAGAAAGUUUCAAAGCAGGCAUUGAGAGAGAGAGACAGAGGAGUCUCAAAGCAGGCAUUUUGUGCGAGAGGAGAGGGUCUCAAAGCACGCAUUUUGAGAGAGAGAGAGAGAGGAGUUAACAAAACAGCCAAUCUUUCUAAAGAGUAUAGUAAAAUCAGGAUCAAAGUAGUAAUAGUAGUACUUUCAGACACAAGAAAACCACAUUUUCUAGCACAAAGUGAGAUCAAAAAGUGGUUUUAGAAUAAAAAGCACCGGCUUUCCUAAAAUACAGGAAGAAGAAGAAGAAGAAGAAGAAGAAAAAUCCCAUCUUUCCUGAAAUCCAACAGAGAAACAACAAUAACAAGAAAUACCCAGAUGGGAUUUCAUUGAAAAAUCAUCAAAAAUAGCAGAAACAGGCAACCGGAGUAAACUUUCAGUGAGAAGAAUACACCUUUUACUGAGAAGAGAGAGGGGAAAACCAAAACAAGAGAAAGAGGGGAAAACUAGAAGAAGAGGAAGAAGAAGAGAGCAGAACAGAGCAGAUAUGGGCUGCUGUUACUCAAGACUCAACAGACAAGAGGCGGUCGCCCGCUGCAAGGACCGCCGCCGGUGCAUGAAGCAGCUGGUCAAUGCCCGUCAUGCCUUCUCCGCUGCCCAUUCCUUCUAUCUCCGCUCCCUCCGUGGCACCGGCGCUGCCCUCCUCCAGUUCGCCAACUCGGAAACCCACGUCCACGUCCACGUCCACCAACACCAACACCACCAUCUGCCGCCUCUUCCUCCAUCUCCAACGCCACCAACGCCACCUCCUCCACCACCUCCUCCCCCCAUGAGCCCAAGCUCCGACACCUGGACGUCGGUCUCCACCUCCACUGCUCUCCCUCCACCACCUCCCCCUCCUCCUUCUAGCUGGGAUUUUUGGGACCCUUUUGCUCCUUCUUCUUCCAGGUCUGUAACUGAGGAGGAGUGGGAAGCUACCACUACUGUAUCUGAAGCUGCUGUCGCACUUGCUCCUUCCCAUGAGUCUGUCAAGGCGGCAGUGGUGACUACGACACCUUCUAUAGUCAGCGGCUACUCGAAGGAGGAAGCUGGAAGUGAACUUGCUUUGGUGGUUUCAAGGAAUACUGGUAAAGAUCUUGUUGAGAUUAUAAAGGAGCUUGAUGAGUAUUUCCUCAAGGCAGCUGAUGCUGGAAGCCAUGUCUCUUUGCUUUUGGAAGCCACGAGUUCUGGUUUUUCUAGUCAAAGAACAACAGGUAAGGUUUACAACUACGGAAGGAGUUUGGGCCCGUCGCUGUGGUCACGGGGUUCAAAUUCGAAAUCUAGCGGUUUUAACAGCAUUGGGAGGUUGGAUGAGGAGAUGAUUGGGGGUUGUGUUGGGAAUGCAAGCCAUUGCUCUACAGUAGAGAGGCUUUAUGCUUGGGAGAAAAAGCUGUACCAGGAAGUCAAGAAUGCUGAGAGUAUAAAAAUGGAGCAUGAGAAGAGGGCGGCAUUGCUAAGGAAGCAACAAGCAAGGGGAGGGGAUUAUGUGAAGAUUGAGAAGAGUAGGAAAGAGAUUGAGAAGUUGGAGUCUAGGAUGAUGGUUUCUUCCCAGGCCAUAGAGACCACCUCCGAUGAGAUUAUCAGGUUGAGAGAGGCAGAACUCCAUCCACAGCUCCUUGAACUGGCUAAAGGGUUGAUGUCUAUGUGGAGAAGCAUGUAUGAAUGCCACCAGGUCCAAACACACAUAGUCCAACAGCUCAAGUUCCUCAACAACAUUGUCUUGGGGAUGGAACCCACCACUGAAAUCCACCAUCAGUCCACUCUCCAACUUGAGCUUGAGGUCCAGCAAUGGCACUUGGCCUUCUGCAAUCUCGUGAAGACCCAAAGAGACUACAUCCAUUCCCUCACGGGCUGGCUCCAUCUCAGCAUCUUCCAAUUCAACCACCACCCUCUACUCAAGACCCAAGACAACCCUCCAAUCUACUUUCUGUGUGAAGAAUGGAAGCUGGCGCUCGAUAGAAUUCCUGACAAGGUGGCGUCUGAAGGCAUCAAAAGCUUCCUAACAGUAAUCCAUGCUGUUGUCCUUCAGCAAGUGGAAGAGAAGAAGCAGAAGAAGAGGUCCGAGGCUGCAUUUAAAGAGCUCGAGAAGAAGGCGGAGGCGCUCAGAUCAUUGGAGUCCAAGUAUGGUCCUUAUUCGUUGCCCGGAGAAUCUGGUUCUGGGGCACGUCAGGACCCGGUUGCAGAGAAGCGGGCCAAGGUGGAGAUAUUGAGGGCGAAGGCUGAGGAGGAGAAGAUGAAGCAUGAAAAGUGUGCAAGUGUGACAAAAGCGAUGACUGUGAACAAUCUACAGACGGGGUUUCCAAACGUGUUCCAGGCAAUGACGGGUUUCUCCGGCAUAUGUAUGCAGGCAUUCGAGUCGGUUUACAACCAACCCAAAGGCGCUGCCAGUCACAAUCACGACUUGAAGAGACUACUGACUUGAGAAAGGGAUGAGGAGAUGCACCCGGGUUUCAUGUAUAUAUUAGAAGGCUUCUUUAACCUGGCUUUUAAACGAGGAUUUGUUUCUAUGACAGCAUCUGUGAGUGUCCAUCGCUGAUGAAUGUUGGUUGAGGCAAUUUUGGAAAUGGGUACUAAAUCAAUCGUUCAAUUUGAUCCGAUGCAAUUAGUUGGAAGUGUUUGGGAUGUAAGGGAUCUAUGGAUUUGGGGUUUGGGUUUAGACCCAGAUUCAUCUUUGGGCUUGUAGCUUUCCAUCUGGGCUUUUAAUUUUCAAAUGAAAAAUGGUUUUUGAUUGAAGCUGUAAACCAUUCUCAGUAAUUAUCAUCUAAGCAUAGAAGAAUUCCUAUAGUUGGCUUUGGUUAUAAGUUUCUGAAA